CAGAAGAAAUGGUAACAACAACAGCAAUCGGUGAGGAAACAACUCCCAGAGAGAUGGCAACUGAGGGAACAGUCACACAGGAAUUAACUUCUGAAGAAACGGUAACAGAAGGAACAGUCAUCACUGAGGAAUUGACGCCCAGUGAGAUAGCAACUGAGGCCGCAGUGACGCAGGAAUCAACGCCCAGUGAGAUGGCAACUGAAGCUGCAGUGACGCAGGAAUCGACGAUAACAGAAACCGUGACGAAGGAAUCAACAUUCGUGACCGAGAAAGCAGAAUUGACUACAGAGGCAACUUCACAACUUUUACCCCACGAUACACCCGAGUACAUUCUUGCUCCACCGCUAAUUCCUUCAGAAGAGGAAUUACCCAAGAGUGAAUAUGAACCCUUGAACGUUCCAAUCGAAUUUAUACUUCACCUUCUCAGUUAAUUCGCUUAUUGUAGUGUGGUGUAUUGAGCUUCAGCUGGGUUCACGAUUGUGUGUGAUUACAUGUGUUUGUAUGUGGGUUGAGUGCUGCUCGCAGGAUGUAACGUGGAUGUUUUUUGGUGUGCAAUUUUGUGAAUAUUUUACUGUUAAAUUUUAUAGCUUGUAUCAGUCCAGCUACUUACCAUGACCGUAAGAAGAUCCUUUUGUAAUAUUUAUAUAUCUCGUUGCAUGGAAUAGCUUAAAAAUUUUAAACAAGAAAUACAAAAAUUGGUGAAUAACGACUGUUCAGCAGUUUACGUCAUCUCCCUUCAUAGAAGUUCAGCUCCCUAUUUUUUUUUUUUAAACAUGAUCGAGAUGAUUUUAUGAUAGUCAGGUGUUAAUAAUAAUUUGACUGUCAAGAGGAGCUGUAUGAUUGUACACGUGAUGGGAAACGCAUUUAAAUUGUAUAAAAUAACAGCAAGUUGGUGCAGAAAUUACUCAUGGCAUUAUUUGUUGAAAAUAUUGGUUUUAUCACGUUUUAGAGUUCAUGUUUUGUUAUUAAAACUUUUAUAUAUGCAA